AUGGGUGUUAGAACGUAUCUGAAUCGACUACGACAAGUUUUCAUAUUCUCAUUGCUUGCUUUUGCAUCAAAUUUUGAAUAUGGAUUUUCGACCACUUAUUUGAACACCCCAGUGGAACAAUUCAAGGUGUUUUUAAAUGAAUCCUUCGAGAAAAUGGACAAAACAAUGACGGAAACCGGCUACAGUAUGCUUUGGAAUUUGAUCCUUAACAUAUGGUUCGUGGGAUUUUUCAUUGGGAUCUGGUUUAGCCCGCUGUUGAACGAUAGAUUCGGCAGAAAAGUUGGAUUUCUGAUCGGUUGUGGAAUCGCACUGGUCGGUGCCGUGCUUCGUCUUCUUGCUGUCUGUUUUUAUCGUCCAGAACUUCUGAUCAUUGGACGUUUUUUGACUUCGAUGUGCGAGGCGGUCACCUAUCAGUCGUGUAUUCUUUAUCUGCAGGAAUGUUCACCGACAGCAAAACGAGGCAUGAUGACAUUCCUCAGCGAGAUCGCCUAUUCAUCUAUGUGUCUUUUUGGGAUGAUGCUUGGCACCAGACAACUUCUCGGUGACGAUUUGGUUGCGUUAAUGACUUUUGCGGUGCCAUUUUGUACUUUUUUCUUCGUAGCAUUGUUCUUUCUUCCCGAAACUCCUAAAUUCCUCCUGAUAGCUCGUUCUAAUCGACCAGCUGCGGAACGUUCUGUACGGUUCUAUCAUGGAAGUGAUUCUGAUGUGGAUAUGGUGCUUAAGGAGAUUGUUAUGGAAGCAGAAGACGAAACUCAAGCGGUUGCAUCAUGGAGUUCGAUCAAAGAGAUUUUUACUGAGCCGCAUCUCAGAAGAGCUGUCAUUCUCAGCAUUUCCGCUUUACAGAAUACUGUAGCACUGUGGUCAAUGUUAUUAUCGUCCACGUACUUUCUCGAGCAAAUCGAUCUUGACGAAGCAGUGGCAUCAUGGAGUAGUACAGCAAUGACGCUUGGCUAUGUACUCGGCACCAUAGCUGGAUCUACAUGGAUUGAGAGAUUUGGUCGCCGAACCAUCCUGUUGUCAUUCACAAUAGUCGAUAACAUGGUCCUUGUGUUGUACGUGGUAUGUGCUGAGCUCAGCUCAUUGGUGGACCAGUUCAAGUACGGAUGUCUCGUGCUGCUUAUUCUAUACGCGUUUAUUUAUGGCAGCGGCGUAGGCCCGAUAUCAUGGUUCAUCUCAUCGGAAUUGGUGCCGCAGAAAUACCGUAGCAUCACGCAAUCUACGUGCUACUCCUUGAACACUAUUAUUGUUGUCAUUCUUACAUUUUCAAUUCUACCACUCUAUGGAGCAGUUGGAAAUUACGCCUUUCUCAUUCUCUAUACCAUACCAUCAGUCAUAAGCAUAUUUAUACUGUACUUUUACCUUCCUGAGACAAAAGAAAUUCGAAUGCAGAUCGCGCCACUGUUGUGCGCAUCCCGCUCUGAUGUCGCCACUACCUUUGUGACAAGCGGUUUUGGGUCCUCAAACGCUUUCAAUGGUCAGCAUCCAGUGCGUUGGUUACUUGUAUUGGAUGCUUGUGCUCGACUUCGGCAGUUGACAGUCUCGUUCGAUGUGCUACGCGGGAUGCAACUUAGCAACUUUCUUCGGCACUGCCUCAAACUUGGGUAG